GUAACUUGUGAGUUGUAAGUUGUCACAGCGCCUGUCUGUCUGUCUGUCGAAAAGGAAUGGGGAUUCCUGGACCACGAUGACAAGGCGUGGCUUGACCGUUACAGCGCGGUGCGGUGAAGAAUCUUCAAGAUUCAGGACCAAGGCACAAGUGACAUCUUUUUAGAGGACGACAGGUAUAAUUUUCAGUAGAAACGUAUGGGCUUGUACGAGGACGUGGCAGAGUGGGUGAAGCUGCCCAUAACUGCAGAAGACGGUCAGCCCAGCUAUCAACGUCCGAUUAGCCCGGCGUUCGAACAGUCGUGGGAAGAUCACUUUCGCAAUUGUACGGUCCCGAGCUUUGGCCGCGAGCUGCGACAGAAAUACUUCUCAACGCUCGUUGGACUCACUGAAGUUAGCGAGAGGGAGGAUUUGGGAAAACCCAUUGGGACACAGCGUAUCCCAGAAUCAUCCAAGACUAAUCCUGCACGGUCAUGGCGUCCACCCUUCACAUUUUUGGCACACGGGUCAUAUGGAGCUACCUCUCAGCCCGUGCUCGAUGUCUCCCGGAAGUGGCAACUACAGAUGGAAGCCAGCCCUGUGCGCUUCUUCUAUGAUACCCUAUAUCCAUAUCUCGUUCGGUCAGUCCGAGACGUGGCGGAAUUCAUUGGCGCUAACCGUGAAAAUGUCGUCCUGGUGACGAAUGUGGAAGUCGGAAUGAACGCAAUAUUGAGAUCUAUACCUUUCCAAAAGGGCGAUCGCAUAAUAGCAUUCGAUGUGACGUACACAGCGGUGCUGCACUCAGUUCAGCACAUUUGCGAUUUUACCGGCGCCAAACUAUCUACUAUAUCAAUGCCCUUGAGACUCACACCCAGCAAUGUGGUGAAGCAGUUGAUAGCGUAUCUGGAAAAUGACAAUCCCUCUCCAGAUGGAAAGAUACAUUUGGCGGUGUUCCAGCAUAUCACAAGCCCGUCGGCAAUCGUCUUACCAAUCGGGGAACUGAUUCGGAUAUGUCGGCAGUAUGGCAUUAUGGUGAUGGUUGAUGGCGCACAUACAAUCGGACAGAUCCCGUUGAACCUCGAAGCAUUGGGAGCUGAUUUUUACGUAUCGAACGCACACAAAUGGCUUUGUAGUGCGCGUGGAUGCGCUAUACUUUAUUGCAGGCCAGAACAUCAUCACCGGAUUUUCCCCUUAACAACCACCUGGGGCCAUGCAAACAAAAUCUCGCUCCUCGCCCGUUUCAUAUGGCAGGGAACGGCAGACUAUUCGCCAUACCUCAGCCUCCCAACCGCCAUACAGUUCCAUCAAUGGGCAAGCGGGGAAGCAAUGAUGAAACGCAAUCGCGACCUGGCGCUGUGGUGUGGAAAACUAUUGAGCAAAGCGUGGGGGACUGAGACGCUCGUUGAUUGCGAUGCAACCGAUGGGUGUGGGGUGGAGGCGGACGGGGGUAUCAUCCAAGGACCACUUGAACAGUGGGAAAGGACCAUGACUGGAAGCAUGUGCUCUGUCCGGUUGCCACCCGUUUACACCGAGGAUGUCGAUUCGAGCGAUAAGACCGACAUGCCUCCCGCGUUGCUCGCAAUUGCGGACACACUCUUCCGUGAACACAACAUCGAAGUGCCAGCGUUCACCUUCCGCGACAAAAGAUAUAUCCGCGUCUCGCUGCAUAUGUACAACGAUGAGGCGGACUGUGUACGGUUGGGGCAAGGUGUGAUAAAGUGCUUGGGGUAUCCCGCGAGUCAUCCAGGAUGGGGAAUUCUGACGACGGCUGGUAGCAAAGACAGCCUAUCUUCCAAAUUGUAGGACUGGUCUAUCGCAUAGUGUACUUUAGAUCAAGCUUUCAUCGCUUGCAUAAGGAGGACGAUCCCCUACAUCUGAUGUGCAUCGCUCUGUGAAACAUUCCCCGUUUUAAUCGAUUUCUAGACCAUCUCUACA